AUGGAUAUUGACCUCAAGUAUCUAGGUUAUUUAACUGUGGCCUGCGCAUUGGCAGUGGCAUACUCCAAGAAGUCAAAGGAUAAGCUACAAACACAACCCAAGUCCAAGGUUUCUAAUAAGGACCGGAAAUAUGGUACAUGGACGCCGGAAGAUUUUCAAACUCCGGUUCCACCUGCGUUCAAGAACUGGGAUGUGACCAAAACAAAGCCUAUGCCAUACAGAGCUUUCAGACAUAAGUACAACAUCACUAUGGGCAUUAGGAACAUGGACUGGGACUCGUGGAUCGAGUUGGACAACGAAUGGAUGAAGUACCAUAAUGAGAAGCUCACGCGGUUGGCAGAAAAAGACGAGGAAUUGCAUGGAACCUUUCCAGAAGCCAGAGAAGCAGCCUUUGAGUUGUUGGAUGAAUUCUGGCAGUAUUUGCCCAAUCGUUACCCAUCUUUGUUCCGUCAAUUGGACUCUGGGUUAGAGAAUCUCCUUACCGGUGAGGUUUUCACCUUCAGACAAUGCAACAGGGAUGACAUCAAGGAGGACCCUAUGGUGAUGGCUGCGAAAAUGGUCCAGGACGACUUGGCCAUCAUGGUGGAGGGAGAGGAUGGCAACUACUACUUGAAGGCUGGAGCUAUCAUUUUGCCAGGAUUCUGGAGAUUCAAGGAUAAGGUUGGUUUGCCAUUAAGUGCCAUCCACACCACUGGAGAUGUGCCCCAAUACAAGGAGAAGUUGCACACUGGUAUGUCCAAGUUCUUCCUUCGUCUUACAUGUGACAAGCCUGUGGUGAGAAAUAACUACUUCAUCCAGACCGAUAAGGAUUUGGGUUGGUCGUCUUCUAUUGGAGAUGAGAACUCUGACGUUGUAGGUUGGUACACAGCCAAUGAAGCCACCACCAUUGAGCAGUUGUAUUUCCGUUCAGAAAGACAGAGUCUUCGCAGAUUGCCCAAGUCAGGAGCAGUCGUAUUCACCAUCAGAACGUACUUCUUGCCUAUCACCGAGAUGUGUGAGGAGCCCCAUAUUCCUAGAAGGUUAUUGGAUGGCAUUGAGAGUUGGAGUGAUGAUGUGAGGGAGUACCGUGGGUAUGAGAAAUUUAAGACUGUGAUAUUGCCAUAUUUGAAGGAGAAGGCCGAGGAGCAGGAGAAGAGAGGGUUUACUGAGGAAAAGGAGCCUGCUGUGUAUCCGUAUUAG